AUGCCUCAUAAAUGUGCUGUAGCCACAUGUCGUGGUAAUUAUAAAAACGGACCAAAAGUGGCUGUAUUCAAGUUUCCAAAUGAGACUGAACUCCGGAUGAAAUGGAUAAGGAGUCUACGAAGAAAAGAUGGCUUUCAACCUACUAAACAUACCAGAGUAUGUGAUGUUUUAUGCCUUACGAUAUUAGAUUUUGAUCUGUGGGUAUGUGAAUUACAUUUUCGAUCAGAUGAAAUAAUACGAGAAAUCGAAAUGUAUGAUGAGAAAUCAGCGAAGUUAAUUAAAGCCCCAAUUUCUAGGCCACGUUUGAAAAAAAGAUGCAUACCUUCUCAGUUCCCUGAUGAACCAUCCUACAUGUCAUCAAAUUCUGUAUCGAGAAUGUCACCAGAAAAGAAGAAAGCUCGUUUAGAAGAGAAAUACCUGGAGAAAGCGAUAGAAGAAAGUUUGAAAAUGAAAGAACGGUGUUGUGUUGUUAUGCUGACUGCUUGCAUAAAAUUGUAA